GGUCGGGCGGUAUUUGAUAUCGCAUGUGCGAUUCGUUGUUAUUAUUUUUGUUCUGAGCCAGAAUGGAUGCAGCACAAAAGAAUUGGACGGAUGAGGAACGUCUGGAACUGGCCGCAAAGCUAGAUGCCGAGCUGGAUGCCUUCAUCGAAGGGCUGGAGCAUAAGCGCUAUGAGGAGGGCUGGCCCGAGGAUCGAUGGCAGGAGGAAAUGGACAAGCACCCGUUCUUUAUGAAGAAAGCGCCACAGCCUGGCGACGAUGUCCAUCCCAUGUUCGAGGGGCUGCAGAAGCUCAAGUACGAUCCCGAGGAGAAUACACGCGACGAGCUGGCUCUCAAUUACAAGGAAGAUGGGAACUUCUAUAUGAAGCACAAGAAAUUCCGCAUGGCCGUCUACAGCUUCAGCGAGGGCAUCAAGUCGAAGACAGACAAUCCCGAUGUUUUGGCCGUGCUGUAUAAUAAUCGCUCGGCGGCCCACUAUUUCAUCAAGAACUACAGAUCCUCCCUGAGCGAUGCUCAACGCGCCUUAUUCUUCAAGCCGGACUACACAAAGGCUCGCUGGAGGGCCGCCCAGUGUGCUUAUGAGCUGAAUCAGUUUGACGUGUGCACGCAGAUGUGCGAGGAGCUGCUGGAGGUGGAUGUCGACCACAAGGAGGCCAAGGCGCUGCUGCACAAAAACAAGAUGAAGAAGCUGGAAACGGAACGCAAUCAGCGCAAAGAGGCUGCCGAGUCCAAGCGUCGUCUGACCCGAUUCCAAAAGCUGCGCGACGCCAUUGAGCACCGUGCCAUCAAAUUUGACGAUCAGAAGGUAGGAAAAAAGGCCAACAUUACCGAGGAUUUGCUGCGUCCCAAGUUCCUACCACUAGAGGACCACCCAGUGCACCUUGACGACGAUGGCAGCACUCUAAUCUGGCCGGCUGCCUUUUCCUACCCAGAGUUCCUCUUCAGCGAUUUCCAGCAGCAGCUGCCGGAGACCGCCACCAUGAUGGAUUGCCUUACGACGCUAUUUGCCGAGCCACUGCCCUGCGACAAGUCGCAGAACUACCGACUGGGAAAUGUGAAUGUGUACUACGAGAACCGCAAGGCGGCCUGUGUCCACAAGGUGGAACUCGAGAAAUCGCUAAGCGCGAUUAUCAAUGAGAAGGGCUUCUUUGUCUCUGGCGGAGCCCUGCUCUUCUAUGUGGUGCCCAAGGACUCGCGGGUUGAACAGGAGUUUUUACAUGAGCAACGACGGCCGAUGGUCUACAGUUGAGGCUAUGACGAAAUAAAUGGUUCCAUUAUUGACAAAUCAAACGACUA